AUUCUAUCCCUUUUUGUAUUUUAUUGUACCUACAAAAGCCUAUUCAUUCCUUCAUUUCCAUUCAUUCCAACUUGUACUUGAUCUAACUCGGUGUUACAAUUUUUUCCUUGAGUCUUGAAAUCAUCAAGUUCAUAAUGAGAGAAAUCCUUCAUGUACAAGCAGGUCAAUGUGGAAAUCAAAUUGGAGGAAAGUUUUGGGAGGUUAUGUGUGAUGAACAUGGGAUAGAUCCUUCAGGAAGUUAUGUAGGAAAGUCACACCUUCAACUUGAGAGAGUGAAUGUGUACUACAAUGAAGCAAGUGGUGGAAGAUAUGUUCCUAGAGCUGUUCUAAUGGACCUUGAACCAGGUACCAUGGACAGUUUACGUUCUGGUCCAUUUGGAAAAAUAUUUAGGCCUGAUAACUUUGUGUUUGGACAAAAUGGAGCUGGUAAUAAUUGGGCUAAAGGACAUUACACUGAAGGAGCUGAACUUAUUGAUUCUGUUCUUGAUGUUGUUCGAAAAGAAGCUGAGAAUUGCGACUGCUUGCAAGGUUUUCAAAUUUGUCAUUCGCUUGGAGGUGGAACUGGAUCAGGAAUGGGUACCUUGCUCAUUUCCAAGAUCAGAGAAGAGUAUCCAGACAGAAUGAUGUUGACUUUCUCAGUGUUCCCUUCACCAAAGGUUUCUGAUACCGUGGUGGAACCCUACAAUGCAACUCUCUCUGUUCAUCAACUAGUUGAAAAUGCAGACGAAUGCAUGGUUCUUGAUAAUGAGGCACUCUAUGAUAUCUGUUUCAGAACACUCAAGCUCACUAAUCCAAGUUUUGGUGAUUUGAACCAUUUGAUAUCAACAACAAUGAGUGGAGUAACAUGUUGCCUCCGAUUUCCUGGCCAACUCAACUCUGAUCUUAGGAAAUUAGCAGUUAACCUCAUCCCUUUCCCACGUCUACACUUUUUCAUGGUUGGUUUUGCUCCCUUAACAUCAAGGGGUUCUCAACAGUACAGUUCCCUCACCAUUCCAGAACUCACACAGCAAAUGUGGGAUGCAAGAAACAUGAUGUGUGCUGCUGAUCCAAGACAUGGUAGGUAUCUAACAGCCUCGGCAAUGUUCCGUGGCAAAAUGAGCACAAAAGAAGUUGAUCAACAGAUGAUAAAUGUUCAGAACAAGAACUCGUCUUACUUUGUGGAAUGGAUUCCAAACAAUGUGAAAUCAAGUGUUUGUGAUAUUCCGCCAACAGGGUUGUCGAUGUCUUCGACAUUUAUGGGGAAUUCGACAUCUAUUCAAGAAAUGUUUAGACGUGUUUCGGAGCAGUUUACUGUUAUGUUUAAGAGAAAGGCAUUUUUGCAUUGGUAUACUGCUGAAGGAAUGGAUGAGAUGGAGUUUACUGAGGCUGAGAGUAAUAUGAAUGAUUUGGUUUCUGAAUAUCAACAAUAUCAAGAUGCUGCUGGAGUGGAAGAAGGUGAGUUUGAUGAAGAUGAUGAAGAGGAAAUUGCCUAGUUGCAAUGACUUUGACACAAACAUUAUUUAAGGUUCUUUUUGGAUCAUUCAUGUCAUGGCAAAUUAACACAUAUCAUAAGUUUGUUUGGUUGUGUGUGCUACACAUAUAUAUUUGGUAAUGGCAUGGUGAAAAAAGAAGGUAAAGAAUGUGUGUACAUGAAUAAUUUACUCAUAUAUAUUAUGAGUUGGCUUGCAAAUGUGAAAAGUACAUAGGAUUUGGGGCUAUCAAUUCUCAUGGGAGUGUUGUUUUUAUUUUGAAUCGUCUGUUUGUUCUUGUCUUCUAUCUUAUCUUGUUAAUUGAUAUGAUCAAUUUGUAUAGUCGGUGGAAUAGAUAUUUUCUAUAGUGAUGCUUUUUAGUACCUGUGGCGGA